AUGGCUGGCAGUGAUGUCUCCGACUCUGGACUCUCCAAACGACCCUUGGUGUUUGUCAUCUUCCCGCUUGUGGCUGUCUUCAUCUGCGCCAUGUUCGUCGCGAUGCUGUAUCGCCGACGCCAGAGGGCGAAGCUCGCGCCACUUCAUCCACAUUGGACGCACGCCAACCCAGCUACACCAUAUUCGGCUCGAGUACACCCAUACAGAAACAAUGCCGCCAGAAAUGGUGGGGGUGCUGGACGACGAUGGGGCCCUUGGGGCACGAGGAGUCAAGAAGGCCUCAAUGAGCUAGGCGAGGCGCCGCCGCCGUACGAUGGAAAGAGAGAUAUGGGAGAUUCGAGGGAGGUCGAGUUGAGGGACUUGGAGGCAGGGCAUGGACCGGCAAAUCCUGCUGGAUUGACGAGUGAUCGCCCGCCAGGCUAUCCUGCCGAACCUGGACCGGCUGUUGUGAGAUGA